AUGGACACUGUUGGCGCACGUGUGUAUAUCCCCAGCGAAAACACGGUCAAGUUUGUCGCUGAGGUUCGCGUUAUUGAGGACGUGACAUACGGCGACCGUCAUCACGUCGAUCCAACUAACCGAGAUGAUGGUGAGUGGUUACUGUUUGCGACCGAAGAAGUUGGAGAGCAAGACGACACGACCAGCAUCUCGAAUGGCGACAGCAUGGACAUGGAAAGCAUCAAUGAGUCUAGCCAGAGCGUCGUACUUUACAACUCGGGGGAUGCAGAGACUAGUGUCAGUGAUACGGUUGCGUACGAAGCCUAUAUGGCUGAUGAGGAUCAGUCGGCAGACGUCGAUGAGGAGGACGAGGACGAAGAUCACGACAGCAAGGACGUCGGUGAGAAUCGCCAGGAUAUGAGUGGCCAGGCAGAUGAUGGUCAUGAUGAUGACAAGUCUGUCUCGGCUAAUUUUGGAUCGGAGGUGGACCCAGCAGUCGAAGGUUCGAUCGCCGACGCGACCGAGGUGGGCGAGGACGUAAGAGAUCCGACCGACGAGCAGGGAUCGACUCACGGGCAGGGCCCGGAGGCCAAGAAUCAUACGGAAAACGGCCGGUGCAAGGACUCACUCGACGAAGGCUUGCGAAAGCGAGUGGAACGGGACAACACCCCGUCAAAAGCUGAGAAGAACCAGCUUGGAGAUCGAAUAAAAGAACGUCGCACAGGCUUACGUCGGUGGACGCGCCGACCGGCUCGAUUCGAUGACUUUGUCAGAUGGUCAAAUGUUGCGACGAAAAUAUUGAGUCGUGAUGGCAGACCGAUUGAUGCCAAGAGCAUCAGAGGCUUAAAAAAGCGACGCCAAGCUAUGAGUUCUAAGCAUGCGGAUUUCUGGCAAAUGGCUGAGCUGGAGGAAAUGGCUGCGUCCAAAAACAAGAAGGUCUUAGGACAGGUCAAGAAGACCGAUAUACCAAAGAAUGCCAAAACCGUGAAGAUCAAGUGGGUCUUCGCGAUCAAAACGCAUGCGCAAGGCUUCGUUGUGAGAUUCAAGGCGAGAGUCGGGGCGCUCAGAAACUACCAGAGGCCAGUAAUCGAUUUUAUGGAAACUUCGUCGCCUGUCGUGAGAAUAUCUUCGUUACGGAUCACGGCGAUCAUAUCUGCAGAGUUUGAUCUUGUACUUUACGGUGGGGACACCAGCACUGCGUAUCUAAAUGCAACGCUCGAAAUCGCUCAGUAUGUCGAUGGGAUCGAGGGGUAUUCGUGUGAGCUCCUGUCGUAUCCUUACGUGGUGUGGAAGGCGCUGUAUGGCUUGCGCCAAUCCGGCCGUGAUUGGAACUCGGAGAUCAAUGGGUGGCUUUUGAACCGCGAAUUUGAUCGAUGUGCGACGGAACCCUGUCUCUACUACUUGAUCGACGGAAAGAAAAUUGUGCCGCUAUUGAUCUACGUGGACGACGUGGCUUGUGCCACGAAUAAUGAGGAGUCCAAGAUCGGGUUGUUUGCUGAGCUCGACAAGGCGUAUGGCCUGAAGGACCACGGGGGUUUCACUGAGUUUCUGGCUAUCGAAGUGACUCAAACCGAGGAGGGCGUGUUCAUCAGCCAAGAGAAAUAUGCAAAGUACGUGUUAUACAAGCUCGGCUUUGGCGGAGCGAACAAGUGUGGGAUCCCCAUGGAGUUCACCACGAGACUCGCACCAGCUACGGAGGACGACAGCUUCGACUCCAGCUUUGACUACCGAGGGGCACUGGGCAUGCUCAUGGUUCUCGCAACCGGAAUUAGGCGGAUCUGGCAUUUGCACUCGGCCAAUUGUGAAUUUUCGUUGUGA